AUGUUGCAGCAGGAGGAUCAGAAGUUCAAGGCCUGCCUAGGUGCCAGAGGAAGCGGUACCUUGAAGAUCAACUUCUUGUUCGAAGGUGUGAGCUUCUACACGUCCAUCACUCAUGCCCACUUUGAGGAACUGUAUUCAGACCUUUUCUAUAGCCCCCUGGAGCCUGUGGAGAUGCCCCUGAGCGAUGCCAAGUUGAUCAAGGCCCAAACCCAUGAGGUCACUAUCGCUAAGGUGGAGAAGAAUCUAUAAGGCUUCUUCAACGUCAAGAAUCUGAACAAGAACAUUAUGGAUUAGCCUGUGGCCCAUGGGGCUGCUAUGCAGGUGGCUAUGUGGAUGGUAGACAAAUGUAAGAAGGUGGAUGUGGCUCCUUUGUCCCCUGGGGCUGGACGGUGAAGUGCCACUAUCCUUACCAAACAGACCCAAACCUUCACUACUCUGACACGCAGCCUGAGUGGGGUCCCGAUCCAGGUGCAUGAGGGUGACAGGGUUGUGACGAAGAACAGCAGCCCGCUGGGCAGCUUUGAGCUCAGUAGCAUUUCUCCUGCUCCACAUGGGGUCCCCCAGGUCUAAGUAAAUGUUGACAUAGAUGCCAAUGGCAUCUUAAGUGCGACAGCCACCGACAGGACAGGCAAAGCUAACAAGAUCACUGUCACCAAUGACAAGGGCCAGCUCAGCAAGGAGGAGGUGGAGAGGAUGGUGCAUGGAACAGAACAGUACAAGACUGAGGGUGAGGUCCAGAGGGACAGAGUGGCUGCCAAGAACUUCCCGGAAGUCCAUGUCUUCCACAUAAAGAGUCCCUUGCAAGAAGAUAGCCAACGGGAAAAGAUUCCAGAAGAGGACAGAUGCAAAGGGCAAGACAAGCAUUAGGAAGUCCUGGGCCUGGUAGAGCACAACCGGUUGGCAGGCAAGGAGUGUAUGCAUCAGAAGAGGGUAAUGAAAUAUACUUGUUGCUCCAUCUUCUGUAGGUUUUAUGUGGGGCCCAGUGUUCCCAGGGGUAGCAGUAGUGAGGUUCGAACUUGCCAGGGGAGGCCUAGUACUGACCCCAUAACAGAGGAAGUCGAUUGA